AUGGCUCCCUCAGCAAUCUCCGAGCCUCCCUCCUCUACCAGCUUACCCUCCUCCAUUGCCAGCUACCGCGGCUAUGACCACGUCCACUGGUACGUCGGCAACGCCAAACAAGCAGCCUCAUACUACAUCACCCGCAUGGGCUUCAAGCGAGUUGCCUACCGCGGCCUCGAGACAAAGUCGCGCGCCAUCUGCUCCCACGUCAUCCGCAAUGGAACCAUCACCUUCGUCCUGACCUCGCCCCUCCGCUCCCUAGACCAGAUGGACCGCUUCUCACCAGAAGAGCAAGAACACCUAAGAGAGAUCCACCACCACCUCGAGCAGCACGGAGACGGCGUAAAAGAUGUUGCCUUUGAAGUUGACUCUGUCGACGCUGUGUACGGUGCUGCUGUAGCCAACGGCGCCAAGGCUGUGAAGGACCCUAAGACGCUAGAAGAUGAGAACGGCCGUGUGACGGUGGCGACGAUCCAGACUUAUGGACAGACAACGCAUACUCUGAUCGAGAGGGGUGCGUAUCGGGGGGUAUUCCUGCCCGGAUAUCGGGUUGAGUCUGGUGCUGAGGACCCCAUUUCUGCUAUGCUGCCGGAUGUGCAGCUGAACCGCAUCGACCACUGCGUUGGCAACCAGGACUGGGAUGAGAUGGAUAAGGUUUGCGAAUACUAUGAGAAAGCCCUCGGAUUCCACCGCUUCUGGUCUGUCGAUGACAAGGACAUCUGCACCGAGUUCUCCGCCCUAAAGAGUAUCGUCAUGUCGUCGCCCAACGAAGUCGUCAAAAUGCCCAUUAACGAGCCCGCAAAGGGCAAGAAGCAAUCCCAGAUCGAGGAAUACGUAGACUUCUACAACGGCGCUGGUGUGCAGCACAUCGCGCUCCUCACAGACGACAUCAUCCGUGACAUCACAAACCUCAAGGCGCGCGGUGUCGAGUUCAUCAAGGUCCCGGAUACUUACUACGAGGAUAUCAAGAUCCGGCUGAAGAAGGCUGGGCUGAAGCUGCAUGAGGACUUUGAGACUAUUCGUGCUCUAGACAUUCUCAUUGACUUUGACGAGAACGGGUAUCUGCUGCAAUUGUUCACCAAGCACCUCAUGGACCGUCCAACGGUUUUCAUGGAGAUUAUCCAGCGUCACAACUUCUCUGGAUUCGGUGCCGGGAAUUUCAAGUCGUUGUUCGAAGCUAUUGAGAGGGAGCAGGAGCUUCGUGGGAAUCUUGUCUAA